UGCUGUCCUGAGUGGUUGUUUUUUACUUUUUGUUGUAUUUUGCUGUAUUUUCUUUUUAUGUGGGUUAUUGUUUCCUUGAUCUGAUUUAGAUUGAUCUUGUAGAGAAAACUUUUUUGGCCAAUGUUCAUCCUUCAACGGCUCCAACUAGUUUAUUGCAUUACCUUUCCAGCAACCUCCUCUUUACUGUGAUUGUUAUCUUUACCGCUUAAGACUCUUUAUAGAGUCCUAUUGCGGCUAUUGCCACUUAUUACAGCCGUGUGCGGCCCUUGGAACUUGGAAAGGCACGUGAGAUAGUCAUAGCCUAGACCGUUGGUUACUUUUACAGCAGAUUUGCUCUACUUCUCAAAACGACGACGACGUCUUAGUUCGGUGACCUGAGAGCGAACGAGACAGUUUCGGCCUUUAUUCCCCCUCUAAUUCAAUUUCGGCUUUCAGAGCGAGUGAGCUGAGAAGAAGCACUUUCAGAAAUGGCGGUUCUUCUAAUUCAAUUUCUAUGUCUAAUUUCGGCCUUAUUUCCCUCUCUCUUCUUCGCUCUCUCGGAGACCACAUGUUCAGCUCCGCUUCAUAACGACCGCUUGAUUUGCGAAUUGCGCCAACUCAAGCACAAGAUCUCUCAAUUAGAAUCAGUUCUUGAAGAAAGCACGAAAAGCCUAAAUCAGAAAAGCCUUUACCUCCAAGAGCGUGAGGAGGCAAUUGAGGCUAUGUCACGUAAGAUCCACCAUCUGCAGUCUACUAUAGAUGGUCUAAAGGGUGAAUCAUCACGGGCUGAUGAAAGGCUUAGUGCUCUAGAGGAAGAGGUACAACGUCUUUGGGCCGCAUCAAGAAAGAACAACUUUGAUAUUCAUAACUUAGAAUAUAAAGCUCAGGAUGCCGAGGACAGGCUGGAAAGGGUUACCUCACAAGUUGAAAAUAUGGCUGACAUCGUCACGGAGCAUUGGAUUCAAAUUCAGCGGCUUGAGCAGGCUCUUCAAAUUACUAAAAUGAGGGUUCAAAGACAAGUAGACUCUACAAGAUGCACGUUGUUGAAGUUCAGCAACAACCUAUUUGGCGAUCAUCGUCAAAAGCUGUUUGGGGUGGUUGAACCUUACUUAUUUGGAAAAGGGCCUACCUUGAAUUCCUACAUCUCUCAAGCUCUGCAUCAGUUGAACAGAGUAUUCAUGGCAGCUAAAAAGUAUCACCAUCAGUUGCAAGGUCUCAUCAAACAAGAAAUGGAAAAAAAUGAAUUCACUGCAGCUCUUGCCCACAGUGAAUUGGUUUUCAUUUUGGCUUCUGCCCUAAUUACUUUCCCAAUAAUGGGUGCUUGGGUUUUUCUCUCAUCACAGUUUAGCUAGCUGGAAAACUCCUUUCCUUGAAAAGGUGAAUGUUGGUAUCCCUGAUUUACUUACUACCCCUCUUGGAGAAUAUCUUAUUUCUGUUUCAACGAUUGCCGACACGUUGAUCAGGAUCAAUUUUGUACCCGUCUUGAUCUGGAUUGUGGCUGCUAUACAACUUCGGUCGAAUUCUAGAUUUUUGAUUGUAUAAUAGUAUCAAAGAUAUUCAAUGAACCUCGCUCCUUUUGAGCUUCAUACACAUGUAUAGUGCACUUUCGCAAGAAUGGAUAUAGAGAGUCAUAUGCCAUUGCCUACUC